AUGAAAUCAGGAAAUCUCUCUGAGACUGCAGCAUUCCUCCUCCUGGGACUGUCAGAGGAUUCAGAACUGCAGCCUCUCCUAUUCUGCCUGUUCCUGUCCAUAUACCUGGUCACUGUGCUUGGGAACCUGCUUAUCAUCUUGGCCAUCAUCUCUGACUCCCACCUCCACACCCCAAGGCACUUCCUCUCUAAUUUGUCUUUCAUCGAUAUCUGUUUCACCACCACCGCAAUCCCAAAGAUGCUAGUGAACAUUCAGACACAGAGGAAAAUCAUCAGUUACACAGCCUGUCUCACUCAGAUCUGCUUUUUCUUAACUUUUGCUGGAUUGGAAAAUGGAAUUCUGGUAAUGAUGGCCUAUGAUCGAUUUGUGGCCAUCUGUCACCCACUGAGGCACAAUGUUAUCAUGAACCCCAAACUCUGCGGGCUUCUGAUCCUUCUUUCCUUCCUUAUUAGUGUUCUGGAUGCCCUGGUGCAUACUUUGAUGGGGCAGCUGUCCUUCUGCAUAGACCUGAACAUUCUCCACUUUUUCUGUGAACUAGCUCAUGUUCUGAAGCUCGCCUGUUCUGAUACCCUCAUCAGUAACAUCCUCGUAUAUUUAGUGACCAGCCUGUUGGGUGUUGUUCCUCUCUUUGGUAUAAUCUUCUCCUAGACUCAAAUUGUCUCCUCUGUCCUGAAAAUCCCAUCAGCUGGUGGAAAGUAUAAGGCAUUUUCCAUCUGUGGGUCACACUUAAUAGUUGUUUCCUUGUUCUAUGGGACAGGUUUUGGGGUGUACCUUAGUUCUGCACCUACUCACUCCUCCAGGAAGACUACAAUAGUAUCAGUGAUGUACACGGUGGUCACCCCUAUGAUUAACCCCUUUAUCUACAGUCUAAGAAACAAAGACAUGAUGGGGGCUUUGACGAAACUCAUCUCUAGAAUAUCAUCUUUCCAUUGA